AUGGAUCCUUGUUUAGGUCAGUAUAUCUAUGUUUAUGAUCUUCCUGCUAGAUUCAAUGAGGAUUUGUUGAAAGGAUGCCACUCUCUACAGAAGUGGGAAAAUAUGUGUGUUUACCUAUCAAACUUAGGUGUAGGACCUAAGAUUAUUGAGAAAACAAAGAAAAAAGUGCUAUCAAAGAAGAGUUGGUAUGCAACAAAUCAAUUUUCCCUUGAAGUAAUUUUCCACAACACAAUGAAACAUUACAAGUGUUUAACCAAUGAUUCAUCCUUGGCUUCAGCUAUAUAUAUACCAUACUAUGCUGGUCUUGAUGCAGGUCAAUAUCUAUGGGAAUUUAAUAUUUCCAUGAUAGAUAAAUCACCAAAUGAAUUUGUGAAAUGGUUAGCACAACAAUCUCAGUGGAAAAGAUUGCAUGGUAAAGAUCAUUUCAUGGUUGGUGGAAGAAUUGGUUGUGAUUUUAGGAGAGAAGGAGAUUUGGAUGAUGAUUUUGGAACAAAGCUAAUGUCCUUGCCAGAAUUAAGUAACGUGUCAUUUUUGUUAAUAGAAUCGUGUAAAGGUUUAUAUGACAAUGAAUUUCCAAUUCCAUAUCCAACUUAUUUUCAUCCAACAAAUGAUGAUGAGAUUUUUAAUUGGCAAAGGAAAAUGAGAGAUAGGAAAAGGAAUUAUUUGUUUUCAUUUGUCGGUGCUCCAAGACCUAAUUCAACAUCUUCUAUUAGAAAUGAGUUAAUCAAACAUUGUGAAUCUUCUAAGAGUUGCAAAUUUGUUCGAUGUUAUCAUGGUUCUAGUAAGAAAAAAAGUUGCCGCGAUCCUGUUCAAGUUAUGGAUAAUUUUCAGAAUUCGGUUUUUUGUUUACAACCGGUUGGGGAUUCUUUUACUAGAAGAUCAAUAUUUGAUUCGAUUUUGGCAGGUUGUAUUCCUGUUUUCUUGCAUCCACUGUCAGCAUACAAGCAAUAUUUGUGGCAUUUUCCUAAAAACGGUUCUAGUUACUCUGUGUUCAUACCUGAAAUCGAUGUCAAAGAGGGGAGAGUGAUGAUUAAUGAGACAUUGUUCAAUGUUUCAAAAAGUGAAGUGUUGGCAAUGAGAGAAGAAGUUAUAAGACUCAUUCCGAGGAUUGUGUAUCGUUAUCCAGGUUCUAGAUUAGAGACAAUUGAAGAUGCUUUUGAUAUAGCUGUUAAGGGAGUUCUUGGAAGAAUUGAAGCAAUGAGAAGACAAAUACAAAUGUAA